AGAGAGCCUCCUCGCCUGUCGCCAGACCACCCGCUUGCGUUCCAUCCUUCCCAUCCGGCAGGCCGCGUACGCUCCAAUAUGAAAACACGUCUGCCCGCUCCACCAUCCUCUCCUCUCCUCUCAUCUCCGCUACGUACGUUCCGUCCAAACUCCAACUCGAUCGACAUGUCUCGCGCGCUGGCCCUCGCGGUCCUGCUGCUGGCCGCCGCCGUCGCAGCGGCGCCGCUCGCCGGCGCGAUCCCCAUCCCGGGGGAAGCCGCCGGCGGCGCCGGGGCCGCGAUGGAGUCGGCCGCCGAGAAGGCGGUCAACCCCUCCACCUUCAGCAUGCCCGCCACCACCGAGAAGAAAGAUUAAUCCGUCGUCGUCCGUCCAUCGCCGCGCGUAAGCAUGAGUUCUUGGGUUAACCCAUCCAUCGAUGCAUGGGGUAUUAGUGCCUCGUCGUCCGUUUCUACGUCUCUAAAACUUGUAAUUAGUGUCAAAGUAGGUUCUCAGUUUGGUAGCAGGUGUUUCGAUCGCGAGCACUCACGGAGUGUUCCUACUUUUUUUUUCCAUUUCCUCGUUCUUAAUUUUGUUGUCCCUGUAAAGAAUACUCCACUAAUCUCUACUUCUCUAAUUUAUUUUCCUGAAAAUAUGUAAGGGUUCCUCUCCUGUC